GCGUUCCUUACCAAGUCUUUGCAUCUCUCUCUCCCUCUCUCCACUCUGCAUGUUAUAGGGAGAGAAAGAUUCGAUACACCCCCCUCUCUCCCUCUAAAAUCUAAAGGUUCAAGCUUUUUAGUCUUCUCUUUAUAUAAAUAGAGACAGAGAGAGGGACCGAGACAGAGACGUGGCCAUAUAUAUAUUAUUUAUAUAUAUUUGAGAGUGAGAUUCUGAAUCAUGGGUGUUGCUAAGAAAUUUGGUGUUCUUUUAUGCGCGGAGGAUUCAGAGUAUGUGAAGAAGAGGUACGGAGGGUAUUACGGGUUGUUUGUUGAAAUGCUGGCGGAGGAAGGUGAGAGGUGGGAUGUUUUCAGGGUGGCGAACGGUGAGUUCCCUGACGAUGAUGAGAUCCGCGAUUUCGAUGGCUUCGUUAUAACCGGGAGUUGCAGUGAUGCUCAUGGGAAUGACGUUUGGAUCUGUAGGUUGGUUUCUCUUUUGAAGAAAUUGGAUUCAUUGAGGAAGAAAGUCCUCGGGAUUUGCUUCGGUCACCAGAUUCUUAGCCGUGCACUUGGAGGGAAAACCGGGCGAGCCAUCACAGAUUGGGACAUUGGUGUGAGAAGCAUUCAUUUAUCAUCCUCCUCAUCGAAGCUUUUCUCGUCUCUGCAAAUUCCGACCACACUUUCCAUCAUCGAGUGCCACCGCGACGAGGUUCGAGAACUUCCACCCAAGGCAGAGAUCAUAGCAUGGUCAGAGAAAACUGGGGUCGAGAUGUUUAGGUAUGGGGAUCAUAUGAUGGGCAUCCAAGGCCACCCUGAGUACACCAAAGACAUUUUGUUUCAUCUAAUCGAUCGACUCACGCAACGCUGUUAUAUCGAGGACUCGUAUGGUGAUGAGUUGAGGGCGAAGUUGGAGAUAGUGGAGCCCCACAAGGAUGCUUGGAAGAAACUCUGCACCAGCUUCCUCAAGGGUAGACUAUGAUGGAUGAUAGUGUUAAGAAUAAAGAAAAGUAAAUAGCAGGUAGAAGGAAAGCUUAGGUAGGUUUUGUGAUGGAAAUAGGCACAGAUGCGUUGAUCAUUAAAAACAUGGUGUAAAACCUGUGCAUAGGUUGUCUUUCUCUUCUACGAGCUUAAUAAAAAAAUUUGCUGCU